CUCCCUUCCUCUUUACUAUAUAUAUAUUUUUUUACAAUAUCAUUGAUUUUGUUGAAGUGAAAAGAAGGCUUCAGGACUCAGGAGGAGGAGCCACUUCUUGAACCUUGCAAUGAACAGUCCAACAGGUAGCAGCACGUCCUGGUCUAUUAGCGAGGACUCACUGAGAAGAUACGUGCAGUUUGCGAGCGAAAGCUGCAUACAGGAUUUGCUAUCAGCUUCUGACUCCAACAGGCUUGGAAAUGGAAAUGAUGGAUGGAAAGUUCUGACUCUAGACAAUAGGGUUGAGAUAUCGAAACGCAGGUCUGGAUCACUCCACGCCUUUCGUAGCAGGUGGCUGCUAAGAACAGUCUCCCCACAACAGUUCAUCACUGUUGCUAAUGCCAUUGAUGCUGCAAGGCAAUGGGAUCAUGACCUUGCGGAAGCAAGAUACAUAAAAGAUCUUGAAGAUAAUUUGAGCAUAAUUAGACUCAGGUUUGGAGAGAACUCUAAACCCCUAUUCAGAAACAGAGAAUUCACAGUAUAUGAGCGACGAGAAACGAUGGAGGAUGGAACCUUGGUGGUAGCAGUAGCUUCGCUGCCGAAAGAGAUAGCUGCAGGAUUGCAUCCUAAACAAAAUAAUGCAAUCAGAGGACUUUUGCUUCAGUCAGGAUGGGUUGUGGAGAAGCUUGAAGAUGACUCCUGUUUGGUCACUUAUGCUGUUCAGUUAGAUCCUGCUGGAUGGCUGCCCAAGUUCCUUGUCAGUAGGCUCAACACAAAGCUGGUAAUGAUCAUUGAGAACCUGAGGAAAUUAGCACAAAAUUGUCCAACUGAUGGUGAUACAUGAUAUCUACUCUGUAAAAAGUAAGGGAGUUGAUACUUUGUAUAUAUAGUCAUAGUGAAAUAUCAGUAUUUUAUUUAAUUUUCUCUCUCUCUGUCUAUGCAAUGAUUAGGUUCUGAUAGUUGGUAAAAUUGUAAAAUCAUGAA